ACUUUCCUAUGACAACUAUCCUGUCAAAAGCAUCUGUAGAAAUUCUCUCAGAUAAAUUGAACCUUUCUGAAAGGUCAACAUGGAUGGAACAUAUUUCCAAACAACAUAUUCGAAUGAAACUCAAAAAGGUUUUGACCUGUAGUGAUGCAAUGACAAAAAGCGAAAGUGAAGACAUUGAGGACGUUUGGGAACUAUCCUUAGACGAUAGAAGAAGAUUAUAUCGAUAUUGGGUGGAUCAGUAUAUCAUUGCGAAAAGGCAAUCUAUAAAAGAUACUGAACAGGAAUAUAACGAAAAAUGUAAAGCUUACAAGGAAGCCCUUGAUUUAGAAAGUGUAGAAAUAAUGGCAGGAGCCGACGUUCUUGGAUUGACAACAACCGGAGCUGCAAAAUUUCGAAGUAUUUUGCAGUCUAUUAAACCCAAAAUCAUCAUUGUUGAAGAGGCAGCAGAAGUGCUGGAGUCACAUAUUGUCACCACUAUCAACUCUGAGUGUCAACACAUGAUUCUUAUUGGGGACCACAAACAACUGAGACCGACACCCACGGUUUAUCAAUUAGCAAAACAAUACAAACUUGAGAUAUCUUUAUUUGAAAGAAUGGUCACGAAUGAGUUGAAUUUCGUCACUCUGAAUUUACAACAUAGAAUGCGCCCGGAAAUAUCUGUGCUUAUGAAACACAUAUAUCCGGAAUUAAAAGAUCACCCGUGUGUUAUUAAGUAUGAUAGGAUCCGUGGAAUUACUUCGGAUUUGUUUUUCAUUGACCAUGAUGAACCUGAGGAGAAAAAUUUUGAAACAAAAAGUCGAUCAAACUUGCAUGAAGCUAGAUUUGUGAAAAGACUAUGCAGAUAUUUACUAGAUCAAGAUUAUCAACCGGAGGAUAUUGUUAUUCUGACACCAUACACUGGUCAAGUAUUAGUUCUGAAGCGAGAAAUACCUAAACAUGAAUCUGAAGGGGUAAAAAUUACAUCAGUGGACAAUUUUCAAGGAGAAGAAAGUGAUAUCAUCAUCCUGUCUUUGGUGAGAAGCAAUGAAGAACAAAAGGUUGGAUUCUUAAAGAUAGAUAACAGGGUAUGUGUCGCUCUCUCAAGGGCUCGUAAAGGUUUAUUCGUAAUUGGCAAUUUUAGUCUUUUUGAAGAAGAAAGUGAAUUGUGGCAGAAAAUCAUUGGUACUGUUAAAAAUGAAGAUAAGUUUGGAAAAGCAUUAAAACUGAGAUGUGAAAAUCAUUCAGAUUUUAUCUGCUGUGUACAGCGUGAUACAGAUUUUGACAAAAUGCCUUUAGGUGGCUGUGGAAAACCUUGUAAUAUAUACUUACAAUGUGGUCACCAGUGCUUGCAAUUUUGUCACAAUAAAGAUCCAGAACAUAAGAAGUACAAAUGCACACAGCCAUGUACUAAAACAAUUUGUCAUCUUGGACAUAAAUGCAAAAAAGAGUGUUUUCAGGACUGUGGUAAAUGCAUAGAACUUGUAAGGAAACCUAUGAAAGCUUGUAAGCACGAAAAUAUUAUGCCGUGUUCCAAAGAUGUUUCUGAUUUUAAAUGUAUGCAAACUUGUAAUCAAAUGCUUUCUUGUCAGCAUACUUGUCAAGGAAAAUGUGAGGAAUGCAGAAAAAUAAAAGGACAUCGAGCAUGUGAAGAAAUAUGUACAUCAGUCCUAUAUUGUGGGCAUACUAUGGAAGGUCCGUGUUUCAAAAUCAAAUCUCGCCCAUUGUGCACAGUGAAAUGUACUGCAAUUCUUUUGUGUGGCCAUGCUUGUUCUGGGACGUGUGGGGAGUGCAUGCAAGGUCAGUUACACAUACAAUGCCAGCAAACUUGUGGAAAAACACUUAUAUGUGGACAUAUUUGUAAGCAGAAAUGUGUUGAAGGAUGUCCACCAUGCAAGAAAAAAUGCGAGUUUUCAUGCCGCCAUACAAAGUGCACUAAGGUUUGUGGGGAAAUUUGCGAUCCUUGUGAUAAACGCUGUGCAAGGGGGUGCAAGCAUGCCAAAUGCCGUGAGCUUUGUAAUGAAAAAUGCAGCAUUCUUCCUUGUACAUUUCCUUGUGUAAAGGUCAGAGAAUGUGGUCAUCAGUGUUCUGGACUUUGCGGAGAACUAUGUCCUCCUUUCUGUAAAACAUGUGACAAGGUAUGCAUUAUGCAAUCGACAGAAAAACAGUGUAACCUUGAAGAACACGAACCAAUAAUUACUUUGAAGAGCUGUGGGCAUACUUUUGAAGCGCAAACUUUAGAUAACUACAUAUUUUAUAAAGAAAAGAGGCCAUAUAGCAUUAUUGCGGCUAAAACAUGCCCUACUUGUGAAAAACCUAUAAAUGGAACAGAUAGGUAUAAAAAUGUUUACGAGGAGAGUAGGAAAAAUGCUGUUGCAAUAACAAAAUAUUUAAGUGAAAAACUUGCUUACAGCAAUUUUAAAAGUGAACAUCAGAGAGUACUGAAAAUGUCUAAGUCAUUGGGAGAUAAUGACGAAAUUGUAAAGAGAAUACUUUUACCUUUAGUAAAAGAGAAAACAUAUGUACCAGGCUAUCACCAAAUACAGCUUGCUUUGAUACAAAUUGAAAUUUUAUCAGCCAUAUAUGAAAUUCUACAACUCAUGUCUGAUUCCGUCAUUGAGGGAACAAAAGAAGAGAAACAAGUGGCAACAAAGCUUAAUUUCAUUCGCGAUUGGCUGUUUAAAUGCGUAGAAACAAGAUCUGAAAAGGGGCAAAAACACCACAUCUUUGUUGACAGAUCGUGCUUUUCCAAGCAAGAAAUACAAAAUGUGUCCUCUAUUCUAAAAGGACUUGCGUAUUUGGUUGAGUUUUUAUUACUAUCAAAUACCGGAUCAUUGUCCGAAGAAAACAUUUAUUUGAUUACAUACGGAUCAAAAAUUCGUCCUUUUCUCUCUGGACAGUCGCCAUUGGAUGACGAGUUAAAAAAGAUAUUGAAUUUGAUAGCUAUAAAGAGUGGAAGUGAAAUGGUGUUGGGGAAAAGCAUAUCAAAGAAUAUAGAGAGCAGAUUCGCCAAUUCUUUCAAAGCGACAUGGGAAAAAGGCGUUUGGUUCAAAUGUAAAUAUGGACACAUUUCGCAUUUACCAAAUGGUAAAGGUAAGUGUGGUUCCUGCAACAUCAUGAUUACUACGGUAACUAGUCUUAAAGGACCUAACACUGUGCAGGCCUUAUCUAUCGCUGGAGAAAUUGGAAAAAUUUGGAAGCCUUCAGUACAGAGUAACAUGACUGAUCAUAAUCGUAGUGUAAUACCUGCAUAUAAGAAAGAGUUCAAAGGACAACCAACACAAGGACGAAUAAACAGAGAUACCCAAACAGGUUUUCGAGGCAAACAACAAGCAAUGCGAUUGAGUAACUGGGAGUCAAAAGAAAGUGAUACAACCCAAGAUGUACUGAAAGUAGAAAAUGAAAGUGAAGAACUGUCAAUGGACCCAAACUUCAUUAAAACAUGUGAUAAAGGUCAUAUUAUGCAGAGAAAUGAAACAAAUUGCAGAUACUGCAACCCUCAAAGACCUCAAGCAAGAUAAGAAUAACAAAUUAUUUGAAGAUGACCAUAACAGCAAACUUCACGUUCAAGAAUAAAACUCCUUCAAGAUAGGGACUUUGGUGACGACUGUGCAGUUGACAAUGGGCAAAAAACCUUUUGGAUUGGGAUUUAUUUGCAUUUAUUAUCAUGUUAUUUAGUUUUAGUAUAUUCAAUUAUUAUUAAUAUGAAAAAAGGUUUAAAAAAAAUUAAA